CAAACCCGGGUGGUGCACGUGCCCAGGUGAGCAGUGUUAUACAGCUGUUAGUUGAGACAAUAAUACAAAAAUCGAAAGGGCUUCGGGCCAGACAGCUUGGACAAGAUAUUCAUUUCAAGAUGGUGAUGAUCAUUGGAUUAGAAGGAAGUGCCAACAAGAUUGGUGUAGGGAUAGUACAAGAAGGAAAGGUGUUGUCCAACCCUCGCUGCACUUAUGUCACGCCACCUGGACAAGGUUUUAUUCCUCAUGAUACAGCAAAACAUCAUCAGGCUCAUGUACUGGAAGUUCUGCAUAUGGCAUUGGCAGAGGCAGAUGUUACUCCACAACAAAUUGAUGCUAUUGCAUACACCAAAGGCCCAGGGAUGGCAGCACCUCUUAUCAGUGUGGCAGUGGUGGCAAGAACAAUUGCCCAGCUCUGGAACAAACCCAUUGUUGCUGUCAAUCAUUGUAUUGGUCACAUAGAAAUGGGGAGGCUUAUCACUGGAGCAGAAAACCCAACAGUUUUGUAUGUAAGCGGUGGCAACACACAGAUUAUUGCAUACUUGGAGAGAAAAUAUAGAAUAUUUGGUGAGACCAUUGACUUAGCUGUUGGGAACUGUUUGGAUAGAUUUGCAAGGAUUCUCAUGCUGUCCAAUGAUCCAAGUCCAGGUUACAACAUAGAACAAAUGGCUAAGAAAGGUAGGAAGUUUCUCCCUCUCCCCUAUUGUGUAAAGGGAAUGGAUGUUUCGUUUUCUGGUAUUCUGUCUUACCUUGAAGAACGUGCAGACAAGCUGCUGAAAACUGGUCAGUACACCAAGGCGGAUCUUUGCUUUUCUCUGCAAGAAACUGUGUUUGCCAUGUUAGUGGAGACAACUGAACGAGCCAUGGCACAUUGUGGGUCCCAGGAGGUCCUCAUCUGUGGUGGUGUUGGAUGCAACUUACGGCUCCAGCAGAUGAUGGGCAAGAUGUGCGAGGAGAGGGAUGCAAAGCUUUAUACAACAGAUGAGAGUUUCUGUAUUGAUAAUGGAGCCAUGAUAGCCCAGGCCGGGUAUCUCAUGUAUAACUCAGGGAUAAGAACACCUCUGGUUGAUACAUGGAUUACUCAGAGGUUCAGGACAGAUGAUGUCCAAGUAACCUGGAGAGAUUAACCCCCUUUGUUCUAUACUGUACACACAAAAAGUAUAGAUAACAUUAGCUAUUAUGAGGAAUGAGUGAGUUUUCACAUUCAUAGAGGCCAAUUUUUCCUUCUUCAAAUAUUUUUCAGUAUCCCUUUACGGCACUCAUUUCAUUUGACAUCAAUCCAUUUAAUAUCAUGCACUUCAUUUUUAUGUUUCACAUUUCAUAUAUCAUACUUAUAUUUAAUAAAACUUAAUUUUAAAUAUGACUAACAUCAGUGAUAAUUAUAACAUCAAUGGGUAUGGUGGCAGAAUGGCUAUUGUACUGAGUUGGAAGUCUGUUGCUCAUCAUGUAUUAGGCAAUACGUACAGUACAGCACUACAGGUAUGUGAGUGAUAUCCUGUAGAAGCCAGUAACAGUAAUAUACCAGUAACCCAUAACACUACCAGCAAAUGAAAAGUCCAAUUGGCUCGAAUAUGAAGACAAUAGAGGAGAUAACCUAUCCUAUUUCAACUUGUGUGAUAUGUGAUGCCAGGACCAUACAACAGGUGCCCGGAGUUUAAUCAUAAAUUCCCUGGUGUACUUGGCAAACCUCGCUUGAAUAUUGUAUGUCAGAAUGUCAGGGCACACCCUCAUGUGUACAUCUCCUGUUUAGCCUGAAGUAUAUAAGAAAGUUAUUUAGCCUCAUUAAUCCCUACAUAAAAAAGGGAGGAGUGUGUUGUUUGAUGUUUUAUAUGUAUAUCACCAGUAAAAUAAAUCUAAAUUUAGAAUA